AGGGCAAAGGUCUCAAAGCCAGUAGCUACCGAACUCCUGCGGCAAUGCGGUUGUUCUUUCAACUGUGGUUCAUAAGAGGGCUCCAAUCUCAAAAGGUUGCACCAUGGGACGGCUUGAUGGAAAGAUUAUAGUACUGACUGCUGCAGCUCAAGGGAUUGGCCGAGCAGCUGCAAUUGCUUUUGCAAAGGAAGGAGCCCAAGUCAUUGCUACGGAUGUCAACGAGUCCAAACUUCGAGAACUAGAAGCGUUUCCAGGCAUUCAAGUUCGGGUGCUGGAUGUCACCAACAAAGGGCAAAUUGAGAAUCUGACCAAGGAAGUGACAAAAAUCGAUGUUCUCUGUAAUGUUGCAGGAUACGUACACCAUGGGACCAUUUUGGAUUGUGAGGAAAAAGACUGGGACUUCACAAUGACACUCAAUGUUCGUAGCAUGUAUCUGAUGAUUAAAGCAUUCCUUCCUAAGAUGCUUGAGCAGAAAUCCGGUAAUAUUAUCAAUAUGUCAUCUGUGGCAUCCAGCAUCAAAGGAGUGGCUAACCGGUGUGUCUACAGCACCUCGAAGGCAGCAGUCAUUGGUCUCACCAAGUCUAUUGCGGCUGACUUUAUUGAACAGGGCAUCAGGUGCAACUGUAUUUGUCCUGGCACUGUUGACACUCCUUCUCUACGCGAGAGAAUCCAGGCCAGGCCUAAUCCUGAACAGGCACUGAAGGACUUUGUGGCCAGGCAAAAGAUGGGUCGGCUGGCUACGGCGGAAGAAGUAGCCCACCUCUUUGUCUAUCUGGCUUCUAAUGAAUCAGCCUACAUGACCGGCAAUGAAUGCAUCAUUGAUGGUGGCUGGAACCUGUGACUGAUUUUUCUGAUGAUUCCUUUUGCAAAUGGCAAAGUGCUCUUUGGAGAACAGAAAUGCCAAACUCCAUAAGCUUUUACAGGCAUUUCAUUUUCCCUCCUGUCUGUCCUUCUGUUGCAAAGAGAUCAUCUUUUCCAAAUCUCAUUCCAGCAGAUAAUAAGAUACUUCCUCUGACUAGUGCAUCAGUUGCUAGGCAGAAUGUAGUUAACUGAAUGUCAGGCACUCAUUGGAUGUUAUACGUGACACAAGUAAUUGUUAGCAGCCCAAGUCUUGCCUCAAUGUUUCUGUACCAUGUUGGAGGAGUGUUUGGGGUUUAACAACAACAACAACAACUACAUGCUUAUAUACUACUCUUCUAAAAAGAUUAGAGCAUACUCAGAGUGUUAUUAUUAUCCCCACAAUGCAGUUGGGGAACUGAGGCUGAGCAGAAUGGCUUACCCAAGGCCACCCACUGAGCUCCUAGCAGUGGUGGGAUUCAAACCAGCAGAGUGCUUAUUUACAGUCCAGCCACUUAACCACUAUGCUACAGAAGCUUAUUGCAUAGAGGCUAUAUUCUUCAUUGCUAUAAAACAUCAAUGCAGAAAUACUUUCCUAGCUUUUAACAGUGAUGGAUAGCAAUAAGAUGCCUUUAGUGCAGACAUGCAUGUAGAGAAGUACAAACACAUUAAUGGUCCACCACUUUAGCUUUUUUAGUUUGUGUUUUGUUCAUUAAAGAAUGUGCAAUUCCUAUUCCUGCAUUGGCACCUACAUCUAACCUAACUAGAAAAAAAGAGAGAGGGCAUCAAACAGGACAGUUACCUCUUGCUAUUCAAUGAAAGUAUCAUAGAAAUGUUAAAUUGGGGCACAGUUUGAUCAUGUAUAAAAAUACCAAAUUACUUUUCUUCAGUUCUUGAUAGAACCAAUAAAAUGUCAUUCUUA